AUGGCUCCCGAUCUAAACUCCGUUCCGCUCUCCCCUCGGCAACAACCCUCGACCACCCAGCCAGCCACCACCUCCGCUGCUGUGCCAGAGCUCCCGCAAUAUGUUGCCUCCCAAGGGAAGCAGCCCAAUAUCCUAUACAUCAUGGCAGACCAGCUUGCGGCCCCCCUCCUCAAGAUGCACAACCCCAAGUCACAAAUCAAGACUCCCAACUUGGAUGCUCUUGCGGAGGGCUCCGUCAUCUUUGAUUCCGCCUACUGCCCUUCGCCACUCUGCGCACCCUCACGCAUGUCCAUGGUCUCGGGCCAACUCCCCACCAGGAUCGGCUCCUAUGACAAUGCAUCCUCCAUCGACCCAAGCAUCCCUACCUAUGCUCACUAUCUCCGUGCGGCCGGGUAUGAGACAACAUUGGCAGGCAAGAUGCACUUCAUUGGCGAGCAAUUGCAUGGCUACGAGAGCAGGUUGACCAGUGACAUCUACCCAGGCGACUAUGGCUGGUCGGUCAACUGGGAGGAGCCGGAUCGCAGACUGGAAUGGUAUCACAAUGCCAGCUCCAUUCUGCAGGCAGGCCCAUGUGUCCGAAGCAACCAGCUGGACUAUGACGAGGAAGUGAUGUACAAGUCCAAGCAAUUCCUCUAUGAUCAUGUCAGAAAGGGUGCAAAUGCCCGCCCAUUCUGUAUGACUGUCUCUCUAACCCACCCUCAUGACCCCUACACUAUCGAGAAGAAGUAUUGGGACCUCUAUGAGGAUGUUGAUAUUGAUCUUCCAGAAGUCAAUAUCCCACAGGAAGAGCACGACUCGCACAGCCAACGCCUCCUGAAGGUCUGUGAUCUGUGGGACCGAGAAUUCACUCCUGACCAAGUUAAGCGAGCCAGACGCGCAUACUACGGUGCGGUCUCCUAUGUCGAUGAUUGCAUUGGAAAGCUGUUGCAAGUCUUGAAAGACUGCCGACUAGAUGAGGAUACCAUUAUCAUUUUCAGUGGUGAUCACGGAGAUAUGCUUGGCGAGCGAGGCUUGUGGUACAAGAUGUCCUACUUUGAGUCCUCUGUCCGGGUCCCACUUCUCAUCCACCACCCUGCAGCCUUCAAACCACAUCGUGUCUCCGCAAACGUCUCCACGCUUGACCUACUCCCAACCCUCGUUGAUAUUGUUGACACCAAGCUCUGGCCUGGACUACCAAUGGAUGGCAUUUCACUGCUUCCCCACCUUCAAGAUCGAUCCGGCGGCUCCGACACGGUCUUUGCGGAAUACUGCGGCGAAGGCACCGUUGCCCCAAUGAUGAUGAUCCGUCGUGGUGACUGGAAGUACAUCACGUGCCCUGCCGAUCCGGACCAACUAUACAACCUGGCAACUGACCCAAAGGAGUUGAUCAACCUCGCCUCUCUGCCACCCAAACAUCCAGCAAUGAGCCCUGAAUCCAUUCAAGCCCUUGCUGACUUUGUUGCCGAAGCAAAGGCAAAGUGGGAUAUGGAUAAGAUCACGAAUGAUGUGCUCAUCUCUCAACGUCAACGACGUUUGGUCUGGUCUGCACUCAAGCAAGGUCAGUUCACAAGCUGGGACCACAAUCCACAGGACGACGGCAGAGAGAAAUACAUUCGCUCCCACAUUCCGCUUGACGACUUAGAAUUGAAGGCCCGCUAUCCCCUCGUUGACGCGAAGGGUAGAGAUCUAUUCACUGGUCUUGGUGGUGUCGGCGCUGGUGGCAUGGGAGGUGUCAUCGUCGAGCAGGCUGGAGCAUAUGGCCAGUAA